AUGGAGGAGCAGCCGACGGCUCAGGCGGACUGCCCAUCACAACGUGCUUGUUCCACUCAUAGACGCGGUUCAUGCCUCGACCGGAGCCCGAAAGCCCUGCGAGACUCGAGUCCGACGGCUUCUCCUGUUCGUCUUCACGGUAAGGGGCUUCGUUAUGAUGAUGGCGUCUGGAUGAUGUGGGCGUCGACAAAGAUUCGCUCUUUUGCCGCUGGCGCCUACGGCUACUGCUUCUGCUGGGCGAAUGGCUUUCACCACCAUUCGCACCGUGCUUGUCGUCGCUUUCUGCAUGGCGGCGGCUCCGCCGGCCAGGACCUCCAGACUGUCCCAGGUCUGAGGAUCGGGUGCUACGUGAGGCGUAAGGAUACAUGGGUGGAUGUUGCGAGCGAGGAGGAGUGUGCUGGUGUUGAUGGGCAGGGGAUGCCAAUGGCACAUGAGGAUGCAUGGGUGCCGGAGCAUGAUGUAGUGAAACUAUCGAUGGAGGAGGCGCAGUUCCAUGCAAUAGAGGUCCCGGGUGAACAACCAGAGGCACGGUAG